CUCGGGUGUGGACAGGUGAACCGACGCUAACGGGACUCAGCGCCUCGACUCCUCUCGUGUUUUUCCGCCGUGUUGUCGCAGCCUCUUCGGGCUCUGGAGCUCCGGAGCUCCCCCCCUCUCCUCCACACGACUCUGCCCGGGUCCCUGCGCUCUGCCCCGGACUCCGCUCACAGCUCGGCCCGGCACAGGAGGAGCCAUGUCCCAGGAGAAGAGCGACCCCCCCACCGAGCUGCUGGAGAGCGUGCGGGAGGCCGUGGGUCGGAGGGUGAAGCUGACCCUGAGGCGCAAAGUCCAGCUGGAGGUCAAAGGUGACAAGGUGGAGAGCAGAGUGCUGGCGCUGGCGUCCCAUCGAGCUUACCUGUUGACCACUCGUCUCCCGUCCAAGGUUGAACAGUCGUUCAGUUACCUGGAUAUUCAGGGGAUCAGCAGCAACAAGCCCACUCAGCUGGUGUUGGAGCACGAGCGCGGCCCCUGGAGCCUCCGGCUGAGCUCGGUGGAGGAGGUGGACGAGGUCAUCGCUCACAUCGGCACCUGUCUGCACCGGAUCUGUCCCACGGGUUCGCCUGUGAAGGUGAUGAGGAAGUUGAGCCUGAAGCCUCCGGAGAGGACGGCGGCUCUUCAGGCCGUGUGGGACGACCAGGGCUCGGCCGAGCUCGGACCCUGUGGUGGUUUCUCUCAUCAGUACUGGUGUGUGUGUGACAACCUGGGGCUGCCGUACCGGGAGGAGGUCCAGUGGGACGUGGACACCAUCUAUCUCACCCAGGACACCAGAGAACUCAACCUGCAGGACUUUGUUCACCUGGAAAACAGGGAUCUGGUGGCGAUCAUCGCAGCUCUGGAGUUCAACCAGUGGUUCACCAAACUCUCCACCAAAGACUACAAACUGUCGACAGACGUGUGCGAUCAGAUCCUCCGGGUCGUGGCUCGGUCCAGUCGACUGGAGGAGCUGGUUCUGGACAACGCUGGACUCAGGAGUGACUUUGCUCAGAAGCUGGCCGGCGCUCUGUCACAGAACCCCGCCUCCACGCUGCACACACUCAACCUGAGCAACAACUCACUGGAGGACAAAGGUGCUGCUGCUCUGAGCGCUCAGCUCUCCAAGCUGCCGAUGGGCCUGAAGCACCUGAACCUCUGCAGGACGUCCAUGUCUCCUAAAGGAGUGAACGUCCUCUGUCAGUCUCUGUGUGUGAACCCAGUCGUCGCCACCAGCCUCACUCACCUCGACCUAUCAGGGAACUCGCUGCGAGGCGACGACCUCCAGAACCUGCACAGCUUCCUGAGUCACUCCAACAGUCUGGAGACUCUGGAUCUGUCAAACAGCGACUGCUCUCUGGAUCAGGUGUGCUCGUCUUUGCUUCGAGGAUCUUUGAAGCAUCUUUCCGUCCUGAACAUGUCAAAGACCGUCUUCUCUCACAGGAAGUGUAAAGAAAUCCCUUCGUCCUUCAAGCAGUUCUUCAGCAGCUCUCAGGCUCUGAGCUCCGUCAGUCUGUCGGGGACCCGGCUGCCGCUGGAGGCUCUGAAGUCCUUGUUGUUGGGCCUCGGCUGUAACCCCAGCCUCAGUGACGUCUCCCUGGACCUCAGCUGCUGUGAGCUGCGUUCAGGAGGCUCCCAGAUCCUGGAGGGCUGCAUCGCAGAGAUCCCCAACAUCUCCAGUUUGGACAUCUCUGACAACGGUCUGGACAUGGAUCUCAUCACCCUGCUGGUGUGGCUCGCCAAGAACCGCUCCGUCAGAACCCUCUCACUGGGCAAGAACUUCCACAACAUCAAGUCCAAAAAUGUGGCUCCGGUCCUGGACAACCUGGUCCACAUGAUUCAGGAGGAGGAUUCACCGUUGACCUCCCUGUCCUUGGCAGACUCCCGGCUGAAGGCCGACCUCUCCAUCAUCCUCAACGCUCUGGGCAGCAACUCGUCCCUGACCAGGCUGGACAUCAGUGGGAACGCCAUGGGAGACAUGGGCGCCAAGAUGCUGGCGAAGGCUCUGCAGAUCAACACCAAACUCAGGACGAUCGUGUGGGACAGAAACAACGUCAGUUCUCAGGGACUCCAGGACGUCGCUGCCGCUCUGGAGAAGAACUACACCAUCCGCUUCAUGCCGGUUCCCAUCAUGGACGCUGCUCAGGCGCUGAAGUCCAACCCGGAGAAGACGGAGGACGCCUUAUUAAAGAUGGAACAGUAUCUGCUGAGGAACCACGAGACACGUAAAUACCUGCAGGAGCAGGCCUACCGGCUGCAGCAGGGGAUCGUCACCACCACCACACAACAGAUGAUUGAUAUGAUGUGCGUGAAGGUGCAGGAUCACGUCAACUCCCUGAAGUUCACGGAGAGCAGCGCGGUUCAGGAGGACAUGAAGGUGGCGGAGAACCUCAUGAAGGACGCCAGGAACUCCAAGACGCUCCUCCCCAACCUGUACCACCUGACGAGCGGGGGGGGCAGGGGCGCCUGCGUCGGAGCCAUUCAGGACAAACUGGAGUCGAUGGCUGGGGAGGUGGCGAGGGUGAUGGACGAGCAGCUGCAGACGAUGCUGGCGUCCAUGGUGGACGCUGCUGAGGGACUGUGUCCUCACGUGAUGAAGAGGAGCAGCCUUAGUCAGGAGCUGCUGAAGGCCGGAGCCGGGAGGAUGACCAUCCCCCGCAGCUUCAUCAGCACCACGCUGCUGGAGCAGUCCGGCGUGGACAUCAUCAACAAGAUCAGUGAGGUGAAGCUCAGCUUGGCGUCUUGUCUGUCCGAUCGCAUCGUGGACGAGAUCCUGGAGUCUCUGUCCAGAUCACAACACACUCUGGCCGAUCACCUGAUCAGGAAGGACCCGCCUCUGCUGCGUCACGCUCCUCACACCGAGGCCGAGGUUCUGGACGAGACGGUUCUGCAGCCGGAGAACCAGAACCAGAACCAGAACCAGAACCAGAACCAGGAGCAGGAACACAAACCACAGAGGAAGCUGCAGGAUAUGGACACAUGCAUGAUGACGAAGAGGAAGAGUAUUCUGGUGAGGAUGCUGCGUCCCGUCUCCGUGGCCUUCGAGAUGGAGUUUGACCUGGACAAAGCUCUGGAGGAGGUUCCCAUCCAUGUUGAGGACCUUCCUCCUCCUCCUCCUUCUUCGCCGUUACCCGACAGGAUGUCAGCGUACUUCAGAGACCUCCCUCCCCCCCCGAGGUCCACGGACACUAAGCCCCUCCCCCUGGGCGAUCUGCUGCCGGUGGAGCACAAGCUGCUGGAGCAUCACACCAAACUGCGACCGAAACCCAAGAAGAGGACGAAGCCCAGUCGACCAGCUCGACAGGCCGCCGGCGGCUCGGCGCCACAGGACGGGGAGCAGAACGGCAUCAUGGGAAAACUGGACGAGGGCCUGGACGACUUCUUCUCCAAGAAAGUCAUCAGACUCAGCUUCAAACUUCCGUCCGUCAGAGGUUCGAUGUCGAAUCCUCAGGAAGCGACAGAAAAGAAACGUGAGUCGAGGAAGAGCGGCUUCUUCAACCUCAUCAAGUCCCGGACGUCCCGCUCGGAGAAGAGCCACGGAGCCGCCGCCCCCCCGCCUCCUCAGCCCGUGACCUCCAGCACCUCCUCUUCUGUCAGCCCCGUGACUGAGGAGCCGACGCCCACAUCCCCUGCACCGCCCAUAAAGAGCGCCGCCCCCCCUGCGGAGCCGCAUCAGGAGCUCCACAGGGCGCCGGCCGUGAACCACUCAGAUUCAGAGACGGAGGUCUGUCCGCCUGCUGCUGAGGAGGAGAAGCAGGAGGAGGAGGGAGAGGAGGAGGAGGAGAAGAAGGAGCAGCCCCACAAACCCCGUCAUAUUGGCGUUCCGGUGAUGGGACUGGACCUGAUGGCUGAGAUGAAGGCCCGGCAGGAGAGAAGGGCUGUGAAGAAGACUGAGUCCUCGUCCUCUCAGGACAAAGUGGACGCAGACAGAGCAGCCACGACCGACAUCCACCCCCCCGCCCCGUCAGAGAACGAGGAGUCCCGACCGGAGCCGCCCCCCCGGGCCAAACCGCCGAGCGUCAGCCCCAGACCGCCUCCGUGCCAGGCCGCCAAACCCCCGCCGGGUCCCACCAGUCCCACCGGCCCCACCAGUCCCACCACAGCCAAAGCUCCACUUCCUGCUCCUCGCCUGAAGAGGGCGCCGUCGGAGCAGGAGCGAGAGAGCGUGAGCAGCAAUUCUGCAGGACGCCUGUCGCCAGUGGACGCCGACUUUCCCGGAGACGCUGGCGACGCCUUUGACCCCGAUGCAGGGGCGGAGCCUGGUGCAGGGGUGGAGUCGGAGGCAGGGGCGGAGCCUGGUGCCGGCGGCGGCAGGCAGUGGUCGUCUCUGAGGAGUUCAGCCCCUCCUCCUUCCGACAGGGAGGCGGACCGAGAGCGCACCAAGUCCCUCCCUGCUAAUGCGGCGCCCCCGUCGCUGGCCGACACAGAUCUGAGACCAGCCGAGGACGAGAGUGAAACGGCCGAUCACAAGUCUGACGGCCAAUCAGAGGACGAGUCCGGGGACGAGUCUCCGUCCGUCUGACGCCAGCGAGACGUUUAGAAUCCAACGUUUCAGACAAUCACUCGUGUGCUCGGACGACUUUCAGUUUUCAGAUCAGUUCCUGGUGAAGAGUUCCCUGACCUGGGAUCAGCCGGGUUUCAUCAGGAUCUUUAAGAGGCGAACUCGUGGUUUUGAUCUGCGGCUGCUUGGAAACAACAGAUUCAUCUUCUCAACCGAACAAAGAACUCUUCACAAAUUCAAAAAAUGUCACAUCAGGAGCAGAAGCUAAAAACAGAAACAAAAAUUAUAUCUAAAAAUAUGUCAAUGUUUAUUUGAUGAAAUAUGAUGAAAGAUUAUUUAAAACAUUCCUCUUGUUCAUGACUAGAAAAUAUUUCAGGUCAGUUUCUGUGGGUAAUAUAAUUUUAAUGACACUGUAAAACAAACUUAUCCUUUCUAACACAUUAAUCUCACUUACAGUUUUUAGGUCUUGAAAUGAGACGGAAUCAGAGAAGUCACAGAUUCAACUGUCACAAUCAGCUGAACUGAGAUCAGUUAAAAAGACUCUGAAGUUAUUUAAAACCAGAGUUUAUCCCCAAAAUUCAGCAGGAAACUUUAAAACAUGAAGAAUUCUGAUCAGAGUUUGAUGUAUUUUUUACAGCAGCAGCUCUUCCGGGUCAGGAAGCAGAGGAUCAUGGGUAAUAACCAGCGCAGCACAUUGACAGACUUUGUUUAUUCUGCACAUGAAACCACUUCCAGUAAAGAGAAUAGUGACAUAAUUCAAAAUAUAUAAAAUAUGUAUAUUAAUAUUAACAAGCCUUUGAGGUAAUCCCCACAUGUGGCUGCAGGGGGCGCUGUGUCUCAGUAAGUUACAGUGUGUUGCUUUAAACCUCAGAGGGACGCUGCCCCGCCCACUGAGGAGUCACAACCAAUGAGAAUCCUCCGGCAGAAAACUAAAACUUUAACUUUCCAGAUGUUCUGUAAAAAUCCUUCUUCUCCUGUGAUGUCACAUGUCACCGCUGCUGAGUCAUCACAUUCUGACGUCUGUCAAUCACGACUGCUGCACUGACACGUGUCUGUGUCCCGAUGUAAAUACCACUGACGUAGAAAUUAAUCUGAGUCAUAAAACAAACUCUCGGGUUUUAUUGUCAUUGGAGCAGAAAUCUGAUUUAUUAUUUUCCUGUAAGAGACUUGGUGAUGGUUUUCUUUAUACUGGGGAAAUAUUUUUGAAAUAUUUUGCUUUAAAAAAAAAAAAGAUAUGUUUUAUUGUUUAUAUGUGAGUGGACCUUCACACCUGGAAACAUCUGUAUUUGUAUGUUUAUAUGAAUAAAUCCUGUUUCCCA